AUUUGGCGAUUCUUGCAAUGUCUUCGUCGAUAUAAAGAUACACGUAAUGUCUUUCCUCAUUUAGUCAACGGUGGCAAGUACACGGCAACUAUAAUUGCUGCUGUGAUGCUGUCUCUGUACCGUAUACAUGAUUCCAACAUGCAUCUUGCUUUAUUCAUUACCUUUUCGACCAUCAACAGUAUCUAUUGCUGUAAGUUGCUUGGCUCACUAUUUGCAAACACUUCUGACAAUAAUUAGCUUUUUGGGAUCUUUUUAUGGAUUUCUCUCUUCUUCAACCUAAUUCGCGGCACUGGUGUCUUCGAGAUAUCCUUGCUCUUAAGCGUCGAUGGCUAUACUACUUCAUCAUGGUGAUAGACCCUAUCCUUCGAUUUGCCUGGAUCUUCUAUGCCAUUUUCACCCAUAAUACCCAGCACUCCACCAUCGUCUCCUUCAUGGUCGCCUUCAUGGAAGUCACCCGUCGAGGCAUGUGGACUCUCUUCCGCGUUGAGAACGAACACUGCGGAAACGUCUCUCAGUACAAGGCCUCCCGCGACGUACCCCUCCCUUAUAGAAUCGAGCCCCUCAUCGCUCGUGCCAGUAUGGACAGCACCGUCGCCAGCCACCAACCCGUCGACACUGCAGGUGUUACCUCGCUCGAAACACCCUCCCGCCACGGCACAGCCGAAUCCACCGCUGUCUCAGCUGGUCAAGCAGAAGAAGGCUUGUCUCGACGCAGAACAGGAGGAGUGGCGCCCCCACCACCGCCAAAACGCACAUUCUCACGUAUGCUUGCCGAAGCGCACAAGCAGGACUUUGAGAAGAAGCGUCGCCCUCUCGAACAGACCAAUGAGGAUCCUGCUACUGAGCUGGGACAAUCAGACGAUGAAGAUGAUGCCGAUGAGGCUGUUAGUCUGCUGGAGAUGUCGGAGACUGAAGAUUUAGCACGAGCGUCUUCGAGUUCGAGAUAUCGUUGAUGUGGUUCUGGGCUGGUGUUCGAUAGAUUGGUUGCAUACAUGGUAAAUUGUUCAGCAUAGCUAGUUUAGAUACCCCCAUACAUAUGCUAGACACAUUCACAUAUACAUAUCUUGUUUCAGUUACAUUCUUUUGGAAAUGGAUUUUUUUGUAUUGCUUUAGCUUUGGAGAAGCCACUUGAGAUUGUGUGUUUUACC